GCUGUCAAUGAAAAGCAAGAUUGAGCCUGCAGUAGGGACUUACAACAUGGUUUCGGGAGCGAGUGAGGAAUACAGGAAAGAAUCAUUUAUCGGCCUCUCACACUGCAUGGCUUUGUGAGAGCGAGUGGGCAGAUUUGCUGAGCUCACCACCACCACAAUGCUGACUGCUGCUGUUGCUGCCGUGUGGAUCCUGGCCCUGCUAGGCCCAGUGCAAGGCUGGGGCCUGUCACCCGCAGCUGAGGCCAACACAGAUGAGGCAGACUUCAACGUCUGCAGCCACAGCUUCUACCGACAAACGCCUCCCAAAGAGGGCUCCGCGGGGAGGCCGCCCCUUCGCCCUCAGUGUCACAGAUCCCCCGGCGGCCACGACUUCGCCACUCUCCACAGGCCCGACUGUGACACAGCUGUCGGCUUGGCUCUCCAUCUCGGCCACGGAUGGACGGAGACGCCGGGACGAGAGGGGGAGGAGCUUGUGGUAGUAAAAGAAGAUGGAGUGCUCAUUCCAGUUCUUCUCAGAGGCAAAGAUGCGUCUCCACCCGCAGACUCCCCCCUCCAACGAUGGGACGUCGCCAUCUCCACACUGGUCCACUCCACCAUCUCCCCACAAUGUUGUGCUUUGAGCGGGGAUCUCUACAUCCUGACCGGGGUGGAGGGCUGUCAGACGACUCCACAGUGGUCUGCCAUGUGCUGCUCAGUGCCGGGAGAGAACGGGGGCUUCAGCGUGGGGUUAAUCCGCGCCACAGAUGAUGAAGGCCAGCGGCAAGUGAGCAUGAAGGAGCUGCAGGAGUUGCUGGGAGUGGAGGAGCUGUUCUCUGGAGGCUGUGGGAGAGUAGAUGGGGAGUCUACAGGUGUCACACUGAGGCUUCAAACUGAAGCGCAAACGGAGAACACAGAAGAGUCGGUCGCAGAUUCUAGCGAUGUACGCUCCACAAGUCAAGAUGUAACAUCAGACGAGAGGGACUCCAAAGCAACCGAAGCAGAAGGAUCUGAGCACACAUUGGAAAGAAGCAGUGGAGAGAAGAGAAAUGUGGGAGAAAAGGUAGAUGUGACACAUUAUGAUGAGACUGUCACUAAAAAGAAAGAUUCAAAUUCCAGCAGCAUUGUAGUCUCCAUCAUCUCCACCAUUUUGAGCAUCCUUAAAGCUCCACUUAGGCCCAUCUUCUCCAGAAUCACACAGUUUCCCGGACAGGUGAGCUAUGUUCUUCAGGAAGACCUUGGAGUUCUCUCAGCUCUCCCAGGCGACACUUUCUCCCUCUUCUACCUCCUGACCUCUGACCUGUUGUCUUGGAUGCGCUGGGGUGCGGAAAAGCUGCUCGAUAUCGGCCAAAGGUGCGUCUGCGGCCUCUACCACUGCAUCUCCUCCAUGCUAGGGGAGCUCCUGAACUGCUGCUACACCGGAGUCAUGGGGACGGGGACCCUUGCCGGUGACACCCUGGGGAUCUUUGGCGAUGCCCUGGGUAACACCUGGUCGGUGACCAAGUUCUUCGGAGGGCGUAUGCUGGAGCGAAGCGGCAACUACGUGGGAACAGUGGCGAUGGAGAUGGGGGAUCAAGCUGCAGCCGUGGGUGGGGGGCUGGGCAGGUUGGCAUGGAGAAGCGGUAGUGGGGUGUUUAGUAUGUUCAGCGUGGUGGGCGGUAUCAUCUUUGCGGUGGUGAAUGUGUUGUUUGGUGCGAUCACAGAGGGCUUUGGACGGGAAACAACCACAGUUCACACUGAAGUCCAAUCUGUGCCGUCUGACUAAAAACUAACAUUUUUAAAUAGAUAGAGGUUUAACUUUUAAAAAUGUUAAUUUAUUUUGCUGAUUACCACUCUUGGUUACUGAGGGAUGAACCAUUUAAUGUUUUUGGUUUUAACAGGAUGAUCAUUUUAGAAAUAUUAAACUGUCGCUUUAACUGCAGAAGCGGGCUAUUGAAGAAUUCUGAUGUUUUAAAUUUACACUGUGCAGAAAAGAAGAUAACGGCUGUAUGAUAAUUGCGAUGCUGACGGUUGGAUGUAUGUUUGAAUAAAAAGGAAUUAUGGCUUAAAUGGCAAACCA